GAGCGGCGUCUCCCUCCACAGACCACAGCUCCAGUCCAAGCCGCGCAGCGCACCACCGUCUUUUCCCCCCAACCCCAAUCCCCUCCGCCGCCGCCGCCUCCUCCCUCGUCGGCAUGGCGGAUUACGCCCCUCCCCCGGAGGACCAGGCGCUGGAGCUGGGCCAGAGGGAGCCCUUCCACGCCGCGCUCUACCUCGCGCUCGCUCUGCCCGGAGGCCUCGUCGCCUGGGUUCCCGCCAAGGCGCGCGCCGUCGCCAGGUGGCUAUCCGGGGGCCGGCGCGCUGCUCCGGUGGCGGACGGAGCCGAUCCGAUCCGGGGGAACCCUCCCCGCCGCACCGCGAGCCUCCUCGACCUCGACCUCGCCGAGGUGGCCGCGGUGAGCGCCGCACUCUGCGUCGCCGUCGUCGCCGGGAUCCACGCGAUCCCCUCUCUCGUGCAGCGCCGAGCGGACUCGUCGGACUCCGACUCGAGCGGCGGCGACGACGACGAGGACGUGCAGAGCGGACACCCCAGCGAUCGGCACGCCUGGUACCCACCCAUACAGUCGUUAGAAGCAGGGGAUCGCCGUCUCUUCGUCUCCGGCUUGACUGCCUCGGCCCGACAGCUUCCCGACGCUCGACAAGGCAACGACCCGCUGCACAGACUGUCAGAUGUAGAGAACCCGUUGAUCCUCACGCCAAGCACAGAACGGUUUUCAGGUCCUUGUGAGUUGACCAAUGAAACAACAAGGACUUGGGUCUUGAGGCUCAAAAUUACUACCAAACUUGUUUGUUUAAGUAAGCAGCAAUUACAUGAGCAGAAUCAGGAAUUGGCUGAAGAAUGCUUUGCAGUGGUAGCCAAGCAAUCUGUAGAGCAGAUCCUUGAGGUUGCAUGUUCAUUCACCGAUGCAACUUGGUCUGAUGCCCACAUGUCGCAACAACUGACUGUUUUUGACACACUUGUUGAUGUCCUAUUCAAUGUACGAGGCCUGCGUUUCAGCGGAUCUGGUGAGGUUGCUGGUAUUAUCAAUAAGAUGGUGAAUGCUUUCAAAGGAGUAAUUCAGAGGACUUCAAAUGAUAUUCGUAGCAACAAGGAAUCUAUUAUUCAUCCUGCAACUUUUAUUCUCAUACAAGUCCUGGAAUUUUUCCACCGUAACAGAGAUAUGAUUCAGUCAAUACUUGAAACCGGAGGUUACAACACUGGCCCAUGCUCUGACAUGUUAGAUUGUUUGGUAUCUAAGCUCAAGUGCGCAGAAAAAAGUUUCCAAAAAAAGGGGCAAAGGUGCAUGUUCUUCUUGAAUAACAUAAAUUAUGUUUUGCAAAAGAAUUGCCAUUCAGGAUUACUCCCUCCCAAUGUAGAGAGUAAUUUAGUUUCACUGAUUGACCAGUACAUCGUGAGCUACCUUGAGAAAUACUGGGUUCCACUCCUGAGAUAUUUGGAUGGGGAUUCUCUGAGGAAGCCACGCCGUUUGUCCUUGGAUAAAUUUACUGGAGAGUUCUUUACUAUCUGUUAUAGCCAGAUGACUUGGAAGGUUCAGACUGUGCUCAAGGGGAGACUGCGUCAAGAGAUAGUGGAUUUGAUUGUUCCAAAAUAUGUGAACUUCUUGAGAGCACUAGAGGAAAAUCCAAGAUCUUGGUUCGACAGGAUCAGCCGAGAGAAACCAAUGUGUACUGCGGCGGAGCUGGAACAGGUGAUCAGAGGAUUAUUUGAAAGAUAGCAGGAAGCUAGCAGGGAUAGUAGGGCUCCAAAUCUAUACAUGGUCGGUGCAGUUAUCGUGUACUCCCUCCGUUCGGAAUUACUUGUCUUGAUAAUGGAUGUAUCUAGAAAUAAAAUACGUCUAGAUACAUCCAUUUCUGCGGCAAGUAAUUCCGAACGGAGGGAGUACAUAGGAGAGCAUUUUUAUUUGUUGAUCCGGCCGUGAUGCCAAAGGGGUCCAUGUAUGUAGUAGUAUUAGUAAGAUUCAGACUACGACGGUUGGUGUGGCGUAUAGUUUCUUUUUGUUACGUGUAUGUAGUGCUAUAGAGAAGCCUAGAGUUUUGUUUGUUCCAUGUAUAGUUGUAAUUAGAAAUAUAUGCGCGGUUUGGUGUGCCUGUGCCAUCGGGGGAUAUAUGGUUCAGUCUUUGUCCUCAUUCUACCUUGUCUUCCAUGUAUAGUUGUAACUAGAGAAAUAUAUUAUACGCUUUGCUGCGCCA